AUGGAUGAAAGAAUUGAGAGGAUGAAGCAGGUUGCUGAAAGUGGAGAUGUUAAUGCCUUUUACCAAUUAAUUGGAGAGGAUGUAAAAUUUUUGGAGCACAUUGACCAGCUACCAUUUGUUCAAACUCCUUUACACAUAGCUGCAUUUACUGGCAACAUCCAAUUUGCCAUGGAGAUGAUGGGUUUAAAGCCUUCAUUUGCUUGGAAACUAAAUCCUGACAGGUUUAGCCCUAUUCACCUCGCUCUACAAAAUGGCUAUAUUAAGCUGGUGCGUAAGCUUCUACAGUUUGAUGGGGACCUUGUCCAUGUCAAAGGACGAGAGCAUAUCACUCUUUUGCACUACGUAGUAGCAAACAGUGAUAACCUUGAUCUAUUGGACAAAUUUCUAUUAGUCUAUCCUAAUUCUAUUGCAGAUGUAGCGGUGCAAAACGAGACAACUUUGCAUAUUGUCCUCAAAUUUGACAACCUUAAGGCUUUCAAAUUUUUGGCGGGAUGGCUUGGAAGAAAUUUUUCUAAAAAUGGUUCAUUUAAUGAAAAAGUUGUCUUGAACUGGGAGGACGAUGAUGGUAAUAGUACUGUGUUGCACAUUGUAGUAUCAAAAAUUGAAACCCAGCACAUCGACGAGCUACCAUUUGUUAAUACUCCUUUACACAUAGCUGCAUUUGCUGGGAACAUCCAAUUUGCCAUGGAGAUGAUCGGUUUAAAGCCCUCGUUUGCUCGGAAACUAAAUCAAAAUGGGUUUAGCCCUAUUCACAUUGCACUAAAAAAUGGGCAUAUCGACUUGGUGCGUCGGCUUUUACAAUUUGAUGGGGACCUUGUUCGUGUCAAAGGAAGGGAGCGGCUAACUCCUUUGCAUUACGUAGUAGAAAGUGGUGAGCGCCUUUAUCUAUUGGAGGAAUUUUUAUUAGUUUGUCCUGAUUCUAUUACAGAUGUGAUGGUGCGAAACGAGACAGCUUUGCAUAUUACCCUUAAAAAUGACAAGCUCGAGGCAUUUAAAUUCUUCGUGUGA